GGCAAUGUCAGGUAUUUGUAGUCGUCGCCCCUCGUAUAUAUUCCGGUCGUACCCUCAUUUAAUAGCUCUUUUUUCACACUUGUAAUAAAAACCGUGAUUGUUUGCUAUUCACUCUUUGCUGUUUUCACAUAAUAUAACCACAAAUACAACAUACUUACAAUGGCCAACUACGAAGAUACCUUAACCUGUAUUGAACUAAAAAAGAUCAUUAACAUUCACAAGCGACUCUUGUGGUGCUUGGAUCGCCUAGACGUAUCUUUCCAGUUAGGUGAAAUAUCGCCCUUGGGCAUGCAAGCAGCCAUGGUGUUUAUAAGAAUCGACCAAGAGCAGACAAUCCACAAGUCUAUAAAACUGUUGAUUGUUGUAGGUCUCCAUACGCCAGAUUUUGUUGUCCAUCACCACGGUUCAAUUAAUUGUGAUUAUCCAUAUCGUAAGCGCCCAGAGGCUGCUUGCAAAAGACGAAAAAGAAAAAGAAUUUUUCAAAUAUCAAGAAUAUAGAGAUGCCUACAAACUCGAUGGUGCUCAAGAUAUUUGAUUUGAACUUUGUUGGUGGUCUCACUUGUGUUCGUGUCCAUGAUGCUGGCUACUAUGUAGAAAUAUAUGUAAUAAUAAAAGAAGAAUUGGCUGUCCUUAUAGAAGAAAGAAACCAACAGGAAAUAUUACAUCAAGGAGCCCAUAAUAUUAUCUAAUGAAGCACUAGUCUCAAAGUAUGUGUCGUAUUCUACGUUGAAUAAAAGUCCAUAGGCAGUGCCCG